ACCCCCGGGUUGGUCUCUCUCUUCUCCUGCCCGUCCCACAUUAGUGCCGUCUGUGUCGGGUCUGCAACGGGGUCUCUUCAAACUGUGCCAUUUUUACAGCAUUCUUACACUUUAAAGGGUGGUGUAGACAAACACUAUUUAAGGAGGACAAGAGGGUUACUUUUUUUUCCAAAGGAGAAGGACACCUACCUUUUCCAGGAGUGAUUUGAUUCAUCAUUGUUUUGUGAGUUGAGAACAAGUGUCUGGAUUUUUACUUGGAAAUCAUUCAACUGGGCAUUACACAGGCCUAUUGUGUGCACUUAUUUAUAACUGGGGCCCGUUCUUCCUAGGGUCUGUGUGUGUGUGUGUGUGGGUGGGUGUUUGUGUGUGUGUGGGACAGAAAGGCAACGAACUCUGGGGGUGUCCGUGUGCACGUGCUAAACCAUUGCACUGCAAAGGGAGUGAUCCCUCUUUUAUCUGGUAUCAUCCCUCACUCUCCUUGUUUAUCUAUCGUCCCUCACUCUCAACCCUUUGCUCUGAGAUUAAUCAUGGCCUCCUUUAAGACGUGGCUCUUGGGACUGUUCCUAGCCCUGCUCUGCACCUUCCAGACUCCUCUUGCCCCUGGCGUCAAGGCUCAAGACCUGCCGCUGGCCCCCCAACAGGAUGUAGUAGCUGAUGACGAGGGGGAGCAUGCAGCGGAGGUAGGGGGAGAUGACGAUGAUGACGAUGACGAUGACGAUGAUGAUGAUGGGGACAGUAAAGAGGACGAUGAUGAUGAUGACGACGAUGAUGAUGACAAUGAUGACGAUGAUGAUGACGAUGAUGACGAUGAUGACGAUGACGAUGAUGACGACGAUGAUGAUGACAAUGAUGACGACGAUGAUGAUGAUGACAAUGAUGACGACGACGAUGAUGACGACGACGAUGAUGACGACGACGACGACGACGACGACGACGACGACGACGAUGAUAACGACGAUGAUGAUGAUGAUGACGAUGAUGAUGACAAAGAUGACAAAGAUGAUGAUGAUGAUGAUGAUGAUGAUGAUGAUGAUGAUGAUGACAAAGAUGACGAUGACGAUGAUGAUGAUGAUGAUGAUGAUGAUGAUGAUGAUGACGACGACGACGACGACGACGACGACGAUGAUGACGAUGAUGACCACACAGAGGCUGACGGUAAUAACGACAAUGAUGAUGAUGUGCCGGCUGCAGCUGAUGAUAAUGACGAUAAUGACGAUGAUGAUGAUGACGAUGAUGAUGACGAUGAUGAUGAUGAUGAUGAUGAUGAAGAGGAGGAAGAUGACGGUCAACUGUAUCACAAAGGAUCCCUCUGUUCAUACUGUGAAUACUGUGAGCACUGUGACACCUGCGACAAGUGCCCAUGUGCAGAGGGAGAUGAGUCUAAGCACUGUGACACCUGCCAGAUCUGCAACUUCUGCUACGUGUGUCCCGUUUGCAGCACUCUUUGCCAACCAGGUGGUUUUCUGGACGAGCUGACUGGAUCGAUCUAUAAGACUGUAGCCGACGUCUUCGAAGCUGACAAAUAAGCCCCCUGUCGCCACCAUGUGGCCAAGGAAGAUACUGCAACCAAGGGAUUGUAUUCACUGUCAUAUUUUCACUUUUAAUAAGUUAUAAGUUAUUUUUCUGUCUUUUUUGUUGUUGACUGAGAACACCGCAAACAUGCACACUGGAUGUAGAGAUAUUGGAUAUAUUGGAUACACAUAUUGGAUAUAAUGGAUAGCCUAUGGAAGUUGUGAUGAGAAUAACUUUAAUUGAGCUGUUUGUGUAUAAUUGUUAGAUGACAGGUUCAUGGUAUUCUUCUCAGGAACAUGCAUUCAUAUUUUAAAGUCAUAUCUGUGUUUCUUAAACACAGUGGGGUUGUAUGAAAUAAACUAAAAGGGGACGUUUUAAACAUUUGUGCUGUAAUGUUUUUAUGUGCACUGUCAAAUUAAAUGGAAAAUGCAGCUAGAAUUAGGCUAUAACAGAAAAAAUAUAUAUUGGCAGAUAUGAGCAAACAUGGGGUAUUUUAUAAUUUCAGCUUCAAUUGGAAGAUUCAUAUUGUGUAAUGGGGAAUAUAAGCAUAGAGUGUAAAUUGUUGACUGUCAUUGGGUAGAAUUUACAGUAUAUACUGAACAAAAUAUAAAUGCAACAUGUUGGUGCCAUGUUUCAUGAGCUAAAAUAAAUUAUCCCAGAGAUGUUACAUACACACAAAAAGCUUAUUUCUCAAAUUUGGUGCACAAAUUUGUUUACGCCCAUGUUGGUGAGCAUUUCUCCUUUGCCAAGAUAAUCCAUCCACCCGACAGGUGUGGCAUAUAAAGAAGCUGAUUAAACAGCAUGAUCAUUACACCUUGUGCUGGGGAUAAUAAAAGGCCACUCUAAAAUGUGCAGUUUUGUCACGCAACAUAAUGACAUAGAUGUCUCAAGUUUUGAGGGAGCGUGCAAUUGGCAUGCUGACUGCAGGAAUGUCCACCAGAGCUGUUGCCAGAGAAUUGAAUGUUCAUUUCUCUACCAUAAGUCGCCUCCAAAGUAGUUUUAGAGACUUUUGCCGUACAUCCAACCGGCCUCACAAUCGCAGACCAUGUGUAUGGCGUCGUGUGAGCGAGCGGUUUGCUGAUAUCAUGAUAUCAUGAUACCUUGUGAACAGAGUGCCCCGUGGUGGCGGUGGGGUUAUGGUAUGGUCAGGCAUAAACUACAGACAACGAACACAAUUGCAUUUUAUAGAUGGCAAUUUGAAUGCACAAAAUGUAUCCAAAGGAAUUUUAAAGGUAUCUGUGACCAACAGAUGCAUACCUGUAUUCCCAAUCAUGUGAAAUCCAUAGAUUAGGGCCUAAUUAAUUUUUAUUCAAUAGACUGAUUUCCUCAUAUGAACUGUAACUCCGGUAUAAUCUUUGAAAUUGUUGCAUGCUUAUAUUUAUUUUCAGUAGAUUUCUUUGUU